AUGCUGUGGAAGAAUUUGCUGGUUGUGGGCACUUUGAUUCAACUCGGUACAGCUAGCCUUGCAGAAUUCCGAGAAGAGCUUAGCCAUCGACGACAUCAUCCACCCAGACAGAGACACGAAGACCCUGUCAGCAAGCCUCAGACCAGUACGUCUUGUGUUCGACCAACAAUGACUGUGACAGUCACCGCUAGUGAGGCUCUGACUGAAGGGCCGAAAUGGUCAAAUUCGACGUCGUCGACUUUCCUCACUCAAGUGACAGUCACAUCCACUGAGAGCCUGUGCACGGCCAAUUCAGCCACUGGUUCUCUGUCGUAUCCUCCGUCUAGCACGUCGCCUGCAACAACCACUAUUCCAGCUGCUCCACAACCCUUACGUGCAGACACCGACACUCCCGGAACUUCUGCCACGAACGCUCCACCAUCUCCCACAAUGACAGUUUCGACUGCCUCAGCCUCCUCUACAGUGGCACCACUUGCCUCUCCCAUCAGUGCCUGUGAGACGACUCCGUCCAACUUCACCUCGAUGCCCACCUUCUUCGGCUUCAAUAUCGCCAAUACAAAACCCGUUGACCCGGUACAGUUCAAGGGCAAGCCGUUACCAGUCAAGGCUACAGAAGAUUGGGAUGCCGCUUUGACGAAGAUCAGAUCAGUCUUUCCCUCCGUCAACGCCUUCCGAAUAUACUCCACCACAGAUGAGAACAGCGAGAACGGAAAGACGGUAGUCUAUAAGCACCUCGAAAACGCUCUUCCAGCUGCAGCGAAUCAGAAGAUGAGCAUUCUCGCUGGCGUCUGGAGUGGUGGUGUCGGGAGGGAGGCUCGUUUUAAGCAAGAACGUGAUGCCUUGGAAGCUGCUGUCAAAACCUUUGGAUGCAGCAAUAUCGCGGCUGUAAGCGUGGGAAAUGAGGAUAUGAACGACAUUAACCUCAUGCCAUUAGAUGGUAACAGCAAGAAACAGCGAAAGGUAGACACUGCAAAGCUGCUGAUCAAACAGAUGGAUGAGGUGCGCAAGAUGUUACGACAGAAUAAAUGUUGUGUACCUGUCACACACACAGACACGUGGGAUGAAUGGUAUGGAACAGCUGGUGAUUUCACAUGGCUGCCGAAGCUCAUCGCAGCGGUUGACCAGGCAGUGAUUGCCAACAUCUUCCCAUUCUGGAGCAAUGACACAGUGCCAAAUUCCUGGAACUCGAUCGGAUUUGUGUCGAAACAAACAUUGGGUAAGGCACAACUUUAUGGCAAGGAUAUGUGGCUAGGAGAGACAGGAUGGGCAAUGGCUGACCCUGGAAACAACAACAUGCAUGGCGCAGGUCAAGAGCAGCUUCGAAAUUAUUUCAAUCUCGUCGGCUGUCCGGUCUUAGCUGGUACAGGAACCAGCUUCUAUUACAUCGAUUGGGACGAAGACCAGGUGAAUGCGGGCAAACCAAGCUUCGGACUUUGGGACUGGCAAGGACAACCACGCAUCCCAAGUUUGACCUGCUCGAAGUACAAGCAAGAAAUGGCAGUCACACCCGAGAUGCCAUCUUUCAUGGGAGGUGAGGGCUUUCGUACGUCUUAG